GCCAAGUUCUCUCUCUCUCUCUCUCUGCAUUUAUAUAUACACACGCAUUAACGUACGCAGUAUUAUAUGCUCUCUUGAUUUCAAGCUUUUCAGGGUGGAACGUCAGUUCUUCUAUCUCUCUCAACACUGAAAACAUGGCUAACAAUGAUGGGGAAGUGACCGGGAAACGUGCAGGAUGGCCUCCUGUUCUCAAUGAAAGGAUCCUUUCUUCAAUGUCCCGGAGAUCUGUUGCUGCGCAUCCCUGGCAUGACUUGGAAAUUGGACCUGGUGCUCCAAGUGUUUUCAAUUGUGUGAUUGAGAUCAGCAAGGGCAGCAAGGUUAAGUAUGAGCUUGACAAGGCAAGUGGCCUUAUAAAGGUUGAUCGUGUUCUCUACUCAUCAGUUGUUUACCCACACAACUAUGGUUUCAUCCCACGAACUCUUUGUGAGGACAGUGACCCUAUGGAUGUUCUGGUACUGAUGCAGGAGCCUGUGCUACCCGGUUCUUUCCUUCGUGCUCGUGCAAUUGGUUUAAUGCCCAUGAUUGAUCAGGGUGAAAAGGAUGACAAAAUCAUUGCAGUGUGUGCUGAUGACCCUGAGUUCGUCCAUUACAAGGACAUCAAGGAACUUCCUCCGCAUCGCCUGGCUGAAAUUCGCCGCUUUUUCGAGGACUAUAAGAAGAAUGAGAACAAGAAAGUUGAUGUUGAAGACUUCUUGCCAGCUGGCUCUGCAAUUGAUGCCAUCAAGUAUUCCAUGGAUCUGUAUGCAUCUUACAUUGUUGAAGGUCUGAGGCAGUGACUGAAGAUUAGUUAGGUGAAUGGCUGAUAGCUGAGGCACCACUUAGUGUCAAUCAUGCAAGGGCUAGACUUCUUGAUAAAUGCCUGUUUGCAAUGCUUCUAAUAUUCACCGGAGUUCAUGGUUCACCCAUGCUUGUGUUUGAUAUUAUGCUUAUAUCUAAUCAAUAGAAAUACCAGAUGCUCGUUGCAGCUUCUGGAACAAAAUACAUAUCAUUUCAAUAGGGUCUUGGUUCAUAGAGU